ACCAACGAUCGAACCGACUGGGGUCUUCGUAGUGCAGUAGCGGCAUUGGCAAACGAAAAAAGAAAAUCACGCCACCAUGUCGUCUCUUCGAAACGCCGUAAAGCGGAUCGCUCACAAAGAGCGAUCGCAACCCGUAGAUAGGCAGCACCUCGGUAUUCUAGAAAAGAAAAAGGACUAUAAACAGCGUGCCAUUGACUAUCAUCGAAAGGAAGACCGAAUCAAGGCGAUGAAGCAAAAGGCUUCGAUGAAAAACCCGGACGAAUUUUACUUUGCUAUGCACAACUCAAAGGUGGAAAACGGGAAACACCGAUCCACCGACGACUACAGAGAACUGUCGCCCGACCUGGUAAAAGUCAUGAAGGACCAAGACCUGAGCUAUGUGCGGAUGCAGAAGCAAAAAGAUUUGAAAAAAGCAGAAAAACUACAGGCAUCUCUUCAUUUGUUGAAUUCGGACAGUGCCGAUUCUGUAAAGGCAAAGAGGAGCCACACGGUUUUUGUCGAAAGCGGCAAGGCAGCCAAAGAAUUCGAUGUCGCAGACCACUUUGGGACAAUUCCAGAAUUCGCGGGAAGGACCUUUAACAGGUUGCGCAAGAGUGAAAUCGAAAAACUUGCGAAGGAACGAAUGGGCGUGAACGAUGACGAUGAUAUAGACGAUGACUACAACGAAACGAAACCAAAAUUUACCGUCGAACAAUUGAUUAAGAUGAAGAAGGCAGAACGAAAGCAGGCCAAGAAACUUGCCAAGGCAAGGGCUGGUGCAUACAGGGAGAUGGAAGCACGAAGGGAACGAGCGGAAAACAUGCAGAAAGCGGAAGCCCACUUGAUCACAGAAAAACUGGUAGCCGGAAAGGGGCGGAAACGCAAAAUAAAGACCAGCGAAGAUGGUCGACCGGCUCAAUACAAGUGGCGAAGAAAACGUUUGAAGUAGAUCAGCACCCACUUUGAAUUGGAACGAAACAAUAGGAUAUUACAACUUUCU